GUUCCAACACUAAUUCUUUGGCCGUACCUGCCGUGGGUACUGUUCCUCCAACCUGUGGAAAAGACCUACUCAAUUCGAAUUCUAAGCUAUGAUCCGCUGAUGAUAUAUGUUGUUGGGUUUCUUUCGUGGGCAGAAACAAUCCACCUCAUCCAUCUUGGAAACCCGCUGUUUGAGAGAUCAACGGUCUGCGUUGACGGCGAACAAGAAAUCGACGAGGAUCGAACCAGCAGUACCGCUUAUAUUCCCGACGAAGACAUUAUCGUUCAGCGGAUCAUCAGACGCGCCUCCGAAAUCCAAGGCUACACAGACGGGGAUCACCAUGAAUCGCUACAACUGACGCGAUAUGGCGCCGGCCAGCUCUUCCGUCCCCAUGUGGAUCCUCUCGAGGACAGUAGCAAUGAGACAUCAACACAUCGACUGACAACAAUUUUCGCAAUCGUCGAAGCGACGUGCAAUAGGUGUGGGACUCAAUUCCCAAAUCUUCACAUCAACUGGACAAUGGAGGAUCCAAGCUGGUGUCAAUAUGUAGAGUGCGAAGACACCGAGCGCCUCACAGUCAAGGCUGUCCCCGGCAACGCGUUGUUCUGGAAGAGCUGGACGAACGCGAGGAGGCUUGAUCCCAGGAUACUACACGCUGGCUUACCUCCCGAAAGCGGUAUCAAGACUGGUCUUAAUAUCUGGACUCCUGGAUAGAUACACCUUGUCCCUGUAAUUAUUUUUCUUCACUUGCUUAGCUCUAUGACACUUUACACCUGACACAACAUGAGAUGCAAUGU